CGCCCGGAUGAUGUCAUUCUACUGCGACACUCCAGGAAGAAGCGGUCGGAGGCAAAAUGGACGUGAAGUCAAAGCAAGAGACCGAGGGAGCUGGCGUCGGUUAAGUACUGAAAAUAGCAUCGUCUCCAGUCAGCUAAACCUCAACCCACCGGCCAGCGUGCGAAGGUCUACUAGUCGGCGAGAGGAGUCCAUGCGGCGGCGAUGGCGGACCGACGUGGGGACACCUGGAAGAGACACAUCUCCGAGCAGCUGAGGAUGCGGGACAGAGUCCAGCGCCAAGCCUUCGAGGAGAUCAUCAGCCAAUAUAACCGUCUGCUGGAGAAGUCUGACAUGCAGGCCGUUCUUUCGGAGCGGUACCAGAGUGAUGGACCCAGAGGAUCCCAACUCAGUGCGGCGGAUGGGGGUAUGCGGGGAGACAUCCAGCAGGAGAUGUCCCAGAUGAGGAUUAAACACCAAGAGGAGCUUACGGAGCUCCACAAGAAGAGAGGAGAGUUGGCCCAGAAUGUAAUCGAGCUGAACAACCAGAUCCAGCUGAAGGACAAGGAGAUCCAGCGCAAUGAGGCCAAGAUCUCGGAGUACCAGACACAGAUCGCUACUCUGGAGGGAGACUGUCGAAAGCUCAACACUUUCCUCCAGGAUCUGGAGAGGGCCAAUCAGAUGCUGAAGGACGAGUACGACGCUCUGCAGAUCACCUUCAGCGCUCUGGAGGAGAAGCUGAGGAGGACGACGGAGGACAACCAGGAGCUUGUGUCUCGCUGGAUGGCCGAGAAGGCCCAGGAGGCCAACCGACUAAACGCAGAAAACGAGAAGGACUGCAGGAGAAGACAAGCCAAGCUACAGAAGGAGCUAGCGGACGCAGCCAAGGAGCCGCUGCCCCUCGACCCGGACGACGACAUCGAGGUUCUUGCCGAGGACGGCGGGAAGGGGCCGGGCGAGGCCUCGUCUCCCAGUCGAUCCCUGAGUCGGACCCCCAGUAAGAGGAUCUCUCAGGUUCCCCCUGGUGGCCUGCUGGACUCAAUCGGCAACAUAUUUGGGCGUCGCCCUGGUAACUCUCUGAGUACGUCACCAGAGAACACGGAGGCUCCAAUGGGAGGGGUGGAGGUUCGAGUCCCAUCCACGGCACUGCACGUCUUCGAGGCUCAUGAUGGAGAGGUGAACGCAGUGCGCUUCAGUCCCGGCUCUCGUCUCCUGGCAACCGGAGGCAUGGACCGACGGGUCAAACUGUGGGAGGUGGUCUCCGGUCACUGUGAACCCAAAGGAGCCCUCACUGGGAGCAACGCUGGCAUCACCAGUAUAGAGUUCGACAGCGCCGGCUCCUACCUGCUGGCGGCCUCCAACGACUUUGCGAGUCGCAUCUGGACUGUGGACGACUUCAGGCUGAGACACACCUUGACGGGCCACAGCGGGAAGGUUCUGGCGGCUCGCUUCCUAUUGGACAACACUCGCAUCGUUUCCGGGAGUUACGACCGCACCCUCAAACUAUGGGACCUACGCAGUAAAGUCUGUAUGAAAACGGUGUUUGCGGGCUCAAGUUGUAAUGACAUCGUCUGCACAGAGCAGUGUGUCAUGAGCGGCCAUUUUGACAAGAAGGUUCGCUUCUGGGACAUCAGGGCAGAGAGCAUCGUGAGGGAGCUGGAGCUUCAGGGUAAGGUCACCUCUCUGGACCUGAGCCAGGAGCGUACCGAGUUGCUCACCUGCUCCCGGGACGACCUCCUGAAGAUCAUAGACCUCCGAACCAACACAGUCCGCCACACCUUCAGUGCCCCGGGAUUCAAGUGCGGGGCGGACUGGACCAGAGUCUGCUUUAGUCCUGACAGCAACUACGUGGUGGGGGGUUCUGCGGACGGCGGGGUCUACGUGUGGAACGUUCUGACAGGGAAACUGGAACGCCUCCUGGACAAGCACCACAGCUCGGCAAUCAACGCAGUGUCCUGGUCUCCGUCAGGCGCCUUCGUCCUCAGCGUGGAGAAGGGAAGCAAAGCUGUGCUCUGGUCCGACCUGUGAUUGGUGGCUCAGCGCUUUGUGUUCGACGUGGGAUCGGCUGCUCAGCACUUUGUUUUUUCCGACCUCGGAUUGGCUGCUCAGCCCUCCGGUCCGACCUAGGAUUGGCUGCUCAGCCCUCCGGUCCCACCUGUGAUUGGCCACGGAACCAUCCAGAAGCUUGAACUUGGCGCAGCUGUUCAGACUGUAGAAGCAGCGCAGUGCUGCUGCUGCUGCUGCUGCUGGGAGCUCUGGAGGCAAGGGACAACACGAAUAUAUUCAUGUAUGUGUAUAGAUGUACAUCUAUAUAUCACGCAAAGACUAUUCUCUAAGCAAGCAGAGAAAUGCUUUUAAGACUGCUGUUGAUUUAAACAUUGGCUUUUAACGUUUGGGAAGCCUGUGUACAAUGUUUUAAUGUGGUGUUGUUGGUCCCUGUGACCCCCCUCCCCCCCCCCCACGUAUUGUCUGCUGCGUACGUGUGGAUGAAGUCACUGAAGUAAAAGCUCACCCACCAACCUUUGUCUUGGUGUCUUUGUACUCAGAAGCUCGGCCAAUGAGAACGUAGGAGUCGUCAACAAGAAAGAAACGCACAUGUGUCAUGUUGCUUUAACUUUAUCGGUCUUUGCUGCUAGGUUAACUCUGAAAAGUUGGGAUCCCCCACCUGUAACUAGCUGGUUAACUCUGCAAAGCAGAGGUAACUGGUAACUAGCUGGUUAACUCUGCAAAGCAGAGGUAACCAGCUAGUAACAGGUUGGGGAUCCUGCUGUGCUGGAGUCUUCUAGGCCAAAAACUUGGCAAGUUGGACCAGGAUCCGGCCUGGGAUUUGAUCUCGCUGGAAGUCAAUGGUCCAACUAAUCAGCGGGCCACCAAGCCUCAAGAGGAGUGCUCUUAAACAAGGCAGUUCCCUAUCCUUUCCCCUUUACUUAUCUAAUUCACAUCACAGCCACAAUAUCAAACUAAUUGGUGCUUUCUGAUUAGCUAGUUAAAGUCCAGAUGUUGCUUUUAAUGUAACUGAUUUAUCAAAGUUUAUCUGGCUCCACCUGCUGGCAAAUGUUUUUCUAUUACUUUAAAUUGCCUGCCCAGUGAUAUUGGUCUUGACAACUUUGAAUAUAAUUCAACACAAGCUGCUAUGGGUGUAGAACCACAAACGUGUAGGACUAGCCCCUGUUUUAACUCUGACCUCCCCUGGCCAAACUUUCAACCGGUCACUCCCACCUGCAUAUCUGCCCACCUGCCUGGCCUCGGAUAAGGAGCUUCUGAGCUUGGCCACUAAACUGCUGAGUCUGAUAACAUGGGUUUAAAGACUGUCUCCAGUAUGUGUAUGCUUAUUUAUUCAUGGCUUUGACGACUGGAUUCUGAUUGGUCAAUCCCAGCUCUAAUCCUAAUUCUGUUGAAUAACUGAACAUGGCUAUGGACACUAUUUCCAACGGGUGAAUCUAACAAUUUUGUGAAAUAAAGAUUUCUUAAAC